UCUCAGCUUGGCAUUACUGCUCACUAACAUGGGUAAAGCGCACCAGCCGUGUUUUCUAGGAAUGGUUUUACGUGCACUAAUAUAUAUAAUAGUUUUAUGUUAAAACGACCAUGGCUUGGCCGUGUAUUAGUAGGGUAUGUUGUCUUGCUCGUUUCUGGAACCAGUUUGAUAAAUCAGAUCUCUCAGUUCCACUAACCAUUCAGAAUUACUCAGAAAUCACCGAUCAUGACGUUCGAUCAGUCACAAAGCACGUCCCGGUGGACAGAUCCCUGAGGAAUGAUUACCCUCUGACACCAGAUCACAGAGGAUCGCCUACUGUUCAGGAUCCGGCGUUCAGGAGAUCGUGGAAGGGACGGAAAGAACCAAGUUUCAAACCUCGAGAGGAUUACCAGCCACCAGAUGUACCUUUUCGGGCUGUGACCCAGUACAAACAGGACUUCAAACCUUGGCACAUUCCGAAGAAAGAUAAUUUUCCCUGGAUCAGCAAUGGCGGAAAAAAAGAUGGGUUUUCUGUCUCCCCGUCAGACAGUCCCACUAAUCAGUACCACCAGCCGGGACCACAAAGAGCCGAGAAAGAGGAGAGAAACAGACAGCGAUGGGCAGCAGAGCAAUUAAACACAACAAGCUCUAACAGAGAGGAAUUUCGCCCGUGGAUGGGUGCCAAACCAUCCAAACCAGUAAGAAAAACGCUGUCUUACGUGCCUCCGAGCCCCAAUGCUGCUGCAGAAACCAGCUACAGAGCAGCCUUCGGAGGAGAUGUGUUCAAACAGAUGGAGACACUGCAGGUGGACGGCAAUAGACAACAGAGCACCUUAGCGGAAAAAUCUGAUCCUGCAAACAUAAGGACCAAAGGGGAGACCUCGGAGCCUAUGGUGAAGACAAAGUUAUCCCAAAACCCCUCUGCUGUGUUUCAAAGUGGAUCUCGCAUCUUCAACGUAUAGAAGGUUUUUGAACACUUUCUCUGAUUAUAAACAACAACCCAGGAUGCUCUAUUUGUAUUACGUGCAAAGAUAAAUCUAUGCAACAGGAUGGAAGUUUUAAAAGGACAUCCCAUGAGUGUAUACUGCUCAAGUGAUUGGAGCCAACACAAGAAUUCCAUAAAUCGUACCUGUUGGGCACCAGUUGUUCUGUUGUGAAAGAAACACAUUGCAUUGUAACAAUGAAUUUUCAUUUUAAAAUGGGAAAUCCAAAGCCAUGCUUUCAGCAAGUGUUGCACUUAAUUGAUCAUUUAAACUGAAGAGUGAAAUUAUCCACACCACUUCAAUAGCUGCUUUGACCCUGCUGAGGUGAAAUGAUCCAGGAAGUGAAUCAGUAAGUAACUGAUGUCCCGAGAGUCAAGGAAAAUGAGAAAUUUCUUUAACCAAGUGUAGUAUCAGAUCUGAUGUUUUAAAAUUAAAAUACAUGUUUGGUGUAACUUGUGCUUCUUUCAUCCAUUUAAGACCUAUAUAAUGAAUGAAAGUGUGUGGCAGGUUAGAUUUAUUUUGUUAGCUAACUUUAAAGUUUUUUUUCCCCAUUGUUCUAACUUUAAAUACUUUUCCAAGCCACUGAAUAAUUCCAGUUUGUGGGGAUCAAAUAUGCAUGUAUUGAAAUGAAUUGUUUAGAAAGGCUUUUGCAAGUUUAGAAGCCAACAAAAAUAAUCUGUCCUGUAGUUAUUUUUAUGUGUGUUUUGCUGAACUGGAAUGAAGAUACUAAAUGUUGUACAUAAUAAUGAUUUUAUUUACAGGAAAUCCACCAAGUUUUAAACUAUAAAGCAGUUUAUAUAAACUGAAACCAGUUUGAUAUUCUGUAUACCUUUUAAGUUUGCUAGAUUUGUAUUCAUAGGAACAAGUUAGGUAAUUGGAAUUAAAACAGAACAUUUUAAAUGGAAAAAAUCAUUUUAAUUGCAAAAAAAAAAUAGUUGUCUGUUGAAGUCUCUUUAAUGAGAAUGUAUAUUUAAGUGUGUGUUAUUUAGACAACAUGAAAUACACUGAUUUCAUGUAAAAUACCCCUUUGUCCUACUGGAGUUUUAGAUUCAA